AUGCACCUUAUUUAUGGUGAAUGCAGAGGCAACGCAAAUGCUGCUGCAGCCCUUUAUAGGGAAAGAUAUCCUACCGCGCGUCAUCCGGAUUACCGCGUAUUUAUCAGAGUCCACAUAAGUUAUUCGGAAGGUAGAAUACCUGGCAGCGGCAUUGGUGGUAUAAGCGCUGAAAGACCAACUAAUAUCAAUACACAAGACAUUGUGCUUGACGAAAUUGAGCAAGACCCGUCCACCUCUACUAGAGUAAUAGCACGACGUACUGGAAUCCCGAAGACGACCGUACACCGUGUACUUAAAAUAAAUAAAUAUCAUCCCUACCAUAUUAGACGCGUCCAAGCUCUACAACCGAGAGAUUACAACGCAAGAUUGUUUUUUUGUCGACAAAUGCUUACAAAAAUAGAACAAGAUUCACAAUUUUUCGACAAAAUUCUGUGGAGCGAUGAAUCCACUCUUAAAAAAGACGAAUACUUCAACAUGCAUAAUCUGCACAGCUGGCAACUUUCGAAUCCGCAUCUAAUGCGAGAACAGAGAUCACAAUACCAGUUCAAAAUAAAUUAUUGGACUGGUAUAUUAAACGGAAAAAUCAUUGGUCCAUUCGAACUGCCCGGAAACUUAUCAGGACAAAUUUAUUUAAAUUUUCUACAAAGUGAUCUUCCAAAUUUAAUGGAAGACGUGCCUGAGGAAGUGACACAAUCCCACUGGCUACAGAAUGAUGGUUGUCCUGCACAUUAUGCUGCAAACGUCCGUGUAUAUUUAAAUGCCACGUAUCCAAAUAAAUGGAUUGGUCGUUUGGCACCAGGAGGUGAGGGGGGUACGAGGGGAGUAAAAUAUUUAGUGCAGACUUCUGCUGCAGCUGUAGCGGCGCUCGCUUACAUCGAGUCGGACGAAAACACGCACGUGCGACCAGUUUGGGCGAUUUCAAGAACGUCGGAGUCAAAACCCAGGAAAAGAGGUAGUACAUGGGAUGAAGACAGUUUAAGACGUGCCAUGGAAGCAGUACGAAAUAAUCAACUUAAUACAAAUACUGCAGCGUUGAAGUUCAAUAUUCCAAGACGCACCCUUAGAAACCAUUUAGUAAGCGGUAACAGUACUAAAAUAAUUGGGAAGACAACUAUUCUUACAAAACAAUUAAAGCACUCGUUCAAUAUGUCAACAAGAAUGGCUGGACGCAAAUGGCUCAAAAUGUUUUUGGCUCGAAACCCAUCAAUAUCAAAAAGAAAACCCCAGCUAAUGAAUCCAGCUAGAGCUCAAAAAAUGAAUAAGCCCAUUGUGAAAAACCAUUUUGAAGAAGUGAAGAAACUCUAUGAAGAGCUAGACAUUAUUGCACAUCCAGAACGCUUGUAUAACAUGGAUGAAAAAGGGUGUCGCAUUACGGUCCAAAAACGAACUGUAGUUUUGGCUGAAAAAGGGAAUACAAGAGUACAUCUUGUUGCUCCGGAACACGCCGAGAACGUUACAAUAGCGAUGUGCGUAAAUGCGGUGGGUAUUGCUAUACCGCCUAUGAUUAUUUUUAAGGGGAUAAGGCGCAGAUCAGAAUUAGCAUCAAAUUUGCCACCUGGAACAAAGGUAAGCAUGGCACCCAAAGGCAGCAUGACCAGUAGCUUAUUCGUAGAGUUCAUACAACAUUUAGCACAACAUAAAGUACCCGGUAAAUGUCUGCUUAUCUUUGAUGGCGCAAAGUGUCAUUUAUCAUAUGAGUCUCUGGAAGAAGCAGAUAAAAAUAAUAUAGUACUAUACUGCUUACCUUCGAACACCACUCACGAACUCCAACCUCUAGAUAAAUCAGUGAAUCGGUCCUUCGAACAUCACUGGGAUGAAGAAGUUUUGAACUACCUGUGCAAUUCUCAAGAGAGAACUUUAAACAAAGCUGCGUUUAACAAAAUUUUCUCCCGAACAUGGCCAAAGUGUAUGACUCAAACCAAUAUAACGAAUGGAUUCAAAGCCACUGGUUUAUACCCCCUUGAUCCUGAUGUAAUACCCGAAGAUGCUUAUGCUCCUUCAAUUGUAACUGAAAGACCUUUAUCGGAAAUGUUACAACAACAGAUCGACCAACCACUUAUAUCUGUUCAAGUCUCGCCCCCUGUGUCUGAAUUUAAAAAAGUGUCAGAAUUGUCGUCUCAGUCUCUAAUAGAUGAAAGGAGGUCAGCUCAUGUUUCUAACGUUUCUUCAAUUUUUCCAUCAACUUCCACAGAGAAGAUAGUAUCGACAUCGCCAAAAUUUUCAGCUGCAACAGCAAAAAGAAAACCCGUUCUUGUUUCUUACAGUUCUUCAACUGAUGCUUCAGACUUAGAAGUAGAUAUUACGGUCAAUGAUCAGUGCCGCCCCAUGCUGCUAAGUUCAGUACAUCGUUUCAACGUCGCAGAUACGAAACAUGACCCUCAACCAUCUCUGUACGAUUAUCCUCUUCCGAGUACGUCCGGCCUACAAGAAAAUAUCGUCUGUUCUAGCUCUGAAUCUGAUCUUGAUUUGAAUCUUAGUGAAUCAUUUAUCAAAGAUAACUACAUGACUAAACUUCAAGUCUCGGAUUUAUGUCUCUGGUGUGAUUUU